UCUGUUUUUCAGAUGGAUAGUAUAUCAGAUUCCGUUUCCGAAGGCCUCUCUUCACCGGAGCUAUCACGUCGUGACGGAGAAUCAUAUCAAACGAAUUCAAAACUAAAAUUCUCCAUACAGAAUAUUUUGAGACCUGAUUUUGGUAAGCAACACAAGAUGGCUCCAAAACCAUGUGCAUCAACGACACCGGACAAUAUAAAUACAGUAUUCCCAGCUUGGAUAUAUUGUACUCGGUACUCCGACCGACCAAGUUCAGGACCAAGAUCACGCCGGACGAAAAGGAAAGAAACAAAUCUCAAUGACGAUGAGAAACGACCACGGACAGCAUUUACUGCUGAACAACUGGAACGGUUGAAGCAACAGUUCAUGGAUAACCGGUAUCUCACAGAGAAACGGCGUCAGGAAUUGGCACAUGAGCUUGGUCUAAACGAAUCACAAAUCAAAAUAUGGUUCCAGAAUAAACGAGCAAAGCUGAAGAAAGCAUCCGGACAUCGACCUAUACUAGCCCUGCACCUGAUGGCUCAAGGGCUUUACAAUCAUACAUCGAUGCCAAUAUUCAAUCAACGCUAAAAUGAAAUUAGGUCUGAGCCGUCCUUUUCUGUAGUUUGAUUCGGUCUACACUAAUGCUGUAAAAUUUGAACAAAAGUUAUGCAUUUUGCAAAUUUUUUUGCACGUGAAAUUCGUGAAACAUGAGACAUAUAAGCCAUUCGACUGAAUGAGGGC